GGUGCGCGGUACCUGUGGGAGGCGCUCGAGUCUCCGUCAGUUUGGCGCUCGGUAGCGGGAGCAGUUUGGGGAGGCUGAGGACCGCCUGUUUGGAGGUUUCACUCGAUCAAACUGUCCACGGCGCUCAUCUGCAUCAUUCGGAGUUUCUUAUCAGCGUUUCGGGUGUGGAGCUCAAGAAUGCACAAUUGCGGCUCAGUGCUGAGAAUGUGUGCUUGCUGAAUAUCCUACCUGUCUGUGUCCACUAGUUUCUUUUGCCUCUCGGCUGGGAUUUGUCCCAUCUUUUGCUUUCAUUCUCCUGUAACGAAGCAACCACCAUGUCACAGCCGCCUGAUGCAGAGCCCGUUACUGUGGUCCCAGCAGAACCAGCAACAACCACUGAACCAGCAUCUGCCACAACACCCACCGCACCCGUCACCAGAACUUCAUUCUGGAGGGAAAGGAGAAAAAUCCCAGAGAGGACAGAUGAGUUCCUGCUGGCCAGGUUUCAGGGUGAUGGAGUGAGAUAUAAAGCCAAGCUCAUUGGUGUAGAUGAUGUCCCAGAACCCAGAGGGGAUAAAAUGUGUCAGGAUUCCAUGAUGAAACUAAAGGGCAUGGCAAUAGCUGCUCGAUCUCAAGGCAAGCACAAGCAAAGAAUAUGGGUGAACAUCUCUCUAACGGGAAUCAAAAUUGUUGAUGAGAAAACUGGGGUGGUUACGCAUGAACAUGUGGUGAAUAAGAUCUCAUUCAUUGCUCGUGAUGUCACUGAUAACCGGGCGUUUGGAUAUGUUUGCGGAGCAGAGGGACAGCACCAGUUUUUUGCUGUUAAGACAGCUCAGCAGGCUGAGCCUCUGGUCAUUGAUUUGAAAGAUCUGUUUCAGCUGAUACUGAAUUUGAAGAAGAAAGAGCAGGAGGCUGCACAGAAGGGUGAAGGAAAUGGCACUGUGAUUGAGAAUGGUGGUGAUGCUUUACUCACCUUGGAUGGUAAAGAAAAUGCUGUAAAAACUGUAGAACAGAUGGACCUGUUUGGUGAUAUGUCCACUCCACCUGACAUUCACUCUCCGACGCCUGACAGUGUUCUGCUCCUUGACUUUGCUUUUGUGAUUGAUGACAAUCAAGGAAAUCCUUUCAUCUCAUACCCAUCCACUCUCUCCAAUACACCAGAUAAAAAACCUGUUUCAUCCAUAUCAGAUCUUUUCCCAACUCUUAGUUCUGAUCCCUUUUCUCCCUUGAAUGAUCAGUCAGAUUCCAUGUUUUCUUCCAAUAGCGAGUCGGAUCUUUCUAGUUUCCUCUUGAGUGGGCCAGAUCUGCAGCAAAGCCUGAGUGAAGACUCUUCAAACAGUCAGCAGUUUAAUGGACUGUUCAAUGCCCAGUUGUCACAUGAAAGCAAAGUAAACCAGCUUCCUUUAAGCAAUCUGAAUGAUGAAAUCACUUCCCCCUUUAGCCAGAAUCCUUUUUUGAGAACCUCAAUGACCAACCCACCAAGCUUAAAUAUGUCAUACAAGUCAGGUCCUCCUGUCCUCCAAACACCUCUCUUAUGUAAUGGAUCGAGUAAAUCAGUGGAAUUGUUUCAAACCAUCCUGCCAACUUCUGUUCAAAAUGGAGGCUUGAUAGUCCUUUGCCCCCCACCUCAAAGCUCAAAGUCUGGAUGCAUGCGGAGGAGAGAGAAGUCACCUGGAAAUGACCUGUUUGGAGCUGAACUUUUUGCUCCACCAGCCCAGAAAGAGUCUCAGCCCUCAAAUCAGACCUCAUCCAUUCCAGCAGACCUUUUCAACACCACACCAUCCUCCACCGUCAAUGCUCUUGGGUCAUUGUCUCUGGGCCCCACAUCUGUCACUCAAACUCCUGGGACCGCUCCAUCUCUAUGGAGUCAGACUCCCACAAUGUUUCCUCCUCAAGGAGGUGUUCCUCAAGUAACGGUUCCAGGACAACCAAAUCUUUUUUCUCAACCAUCUGCCUUUGGAGGACUGCCUGCACCUGCAUGGGGGCAGCAAGGAGCUUCUCCUUUUGGUCCACCAGCUGUCAUUCAAGCCUGGGGUCAACCAGGAACUGCAGCACCUGGUGGGGCCUGGCCCACCUCUGGUCCUGUGGCCAGCCCUUUCCAACCAAACCAAUUUGCUCCCAUGAUGCCUCCUAAUUCAGUGAUGGGUAUGCAGCAGAUUGCAGUGGUUCCUCCUCGACCUCCACCCCGUCCUCCAGUGAAAGAAGAUCCUCCAGUGGUCAAAAGUGCCUUUACAGCUUUGGACCCCCUAGGGGAGAAGGAGAAGUCAAGCGGAAAAGAUAUGUUCAAAAAUUUCCAGAUGGUUAAGCCCCAGAAAGUAGAACAAGGAACUGGUCAGAGCACCAAUGGCUCAUUUGACCAGUACUUUUCUAGCAAGGUUGGCUUGGCUCAGGAGGUGGCAGAUCAUGAUGACUUUGACAUAAACCAAAUCUCAGUUAACUCAAAUGGGACCUCCAAACUUGCUCCUCAGCAGUCCCCUCCUCCAGUCCCUGUACCUCAGGGAGCAGGUCUGAUCCCGACCCUGGCCCCAGCCACAGGGCUUUUGGAUGCUGCCUUUAAUCCUAAUCCAGCCCCUGCACCCUCAAACCCAACACCCACAGCAGGCUCAAACCUUUUUGAUGACACUUUUGGAACCAACCCUUUUGGAGCACCGCCCAUGAAUACAAGCACUCCAGCCACUCAGACUGCUGCCCUUGCAGAUGCUUUUGGAGACCCCUUUAGUGGAAAUCCUUUUGCCUGAGAAACCUUAGCACUGUUGUACACUCCCACUGAUCCAGUGCUACUGAGCCAGAGGACCACACAAGCACUGUAGAGUUGCAAUCAGCAUUCUACUAGAUGGGAAAGAAAUGUGUCCAAGAAACCCCUUUGCUUGUAUUCUGUGCUUCGCUGUUCUCAUUUCCACUAUGUAUCUGCUGUAGCCUCUCUUUCUGUGCCUUUCUAACUGGUCACAGAUCGGCCCUUCUUCUCCAGCCCAUUCACAUGAACUUAUUUCAAUCCCAAGUCACUCAUGAAAUAAGAUGCACAGUUGAAGUAGGGUUCUUCUAGAGAAUAUAAUAGAAAAGGAGAGGGAAUAAAAGAUAAUGAUCAUGUUUGUGUACAUGAUUUUUCUGUAUGCAAGUAUCCCGAGCAUUUAUGAUGAAGUAAAAAGGCUUAAUCCUAAUGAUUUGUCAUUAAAGAAAGUGAAUAAA